AUGGGUUUUUUUCAGGAUGAAGAGGAUGAUGAGGAUUUCAUACGGGAAUACGAAUUGGAAAAUGGAAAGGGAAUCAUAUACCUGGUGCAGAAGGGAAAAGGUGACGUGCAUUGCGUUGUUUGGGAUGCUGCAUUGGUACUCGGAAAAUAUCUCGAAAAAAUUUGUUGUUCGGGAAAAAAUUUCCUAACGGGAAAAAAUAUUAUCGAAUUAGGUUCAGGUUUGGGUUGCGUUGGUAUGGUUGCUGCUUUUUACGGAGGAUUCGUGACUUUGACAGAUCUAUCGGAAGCUUUACCACUUUUAAAAUUAAAUGUAAAAAAAAAUGAAAAAAUUAUUGAAAAGGGAAAAGGUAAAGCGUGGGUGGAAAAAUUAAAUUGGAUUGAAGAAAAUAAACUGGAGCCAUGCGAUGUCAUACUUGCGUCUGAUUGCAUUUAUUACAAAGAAUCCGUUGAAGGUUUCGUUAAAACGCUGAAAAACCUUUCGACGCCUUCCACUGAUAUAUACAUAACGCAAGAGAAAAGAAAUCAUUCGGAAAAUCAAAAUGAAAUAUGGCGGAAAUUUAUCGACGAAGUGAGUCAAGAUUUUAAUUUGACCGUUAUACCCAUGUCUGAACAACAUCAACAUUACAGAGAUGGCCCUAUUAUUUUAUUAAUUAAUAAAAAAUAUGCAUAA